AUGCCAGUAUUCAAAGGCAGAUCCAGAACAGUGAAAGCGGAGGCUACAUUUCGCGAGGAAGCGGAAAAUACGUUGCCUUGUCAAGACAAAAAACAAGAAAAAUCCCAACGCGACGUUUUGAACGGAAAUAUGCCGCCGUAUUUAUCAACCCUGAAAUUCCAUCUCAAGGAUCUUGAAGCGGCUGCGAUUAGGCAAUCAGACUAUUUGGAAGAAGGUGUUGAAUAUACUUCGCUUCCUGUCCACAAAACGAAAGGGGCACAAUCUAUAACUUUACCAAUGAAUAUGCCGGUGGUAGAGAGCAAAAACUGCUUUCGGCGGAAAGGAGAAAGCUCGCCCAAUGUGAAAGACAGGGUGAACAGUUCAUUCAUCACGGAAGAGUCUAAAGUUUCAGUCGGGUCACGAAAUGAUGGUCAGGGAGGUACAAAUUGCACAGUGACAGAGAACACAAACGAUACGCGAUGUAGUACAGGCAAAUGGCUCAACGACAUCGAUAAAUUAAUAAGUUUUAAAGCAAAGCGCAAGGUUGAAAUAUUCAACAAAGAAAAGAAAGAGAUUGUGAAACAAUGGACCUCAAGUCCCAAGAAUUUUUACAAGUGUAUUUUGAAAUGCAGACAAAAGCAAUUAGCCAUGAGUAAUGGGCUUCGAACCAUAAAAAGGCGCUCGCGCGAAGGAACGAAAAAUGUCGCUUUUCCCGCGGAUGUGCUUUUAUUUUCGGCGAUCGAAGAAAACGCUUCAAUUGAGCUGGCUGAAAUUAUAGAAACAAACAAGAUUGAUGUGAAUUUAUGUACAAACUCCCGUGGACUUCCACCGCUUCAUCGAGCUGUUCAACGCGGUGCGGUCGACUGUGUUCGUGUGUUAUUGAAUAACUCGGCCGAUGUAAACUUGAGAGACUCUACAAACUCGCUCGCAGUCGGUUUAGCGAUUUCAGCGUGCCAAUUUGAGUGUCUUGUACUGUUAAUUGAGUCGGGAGCGAGCUUUGAGGAAUACACAAAUCAACGUUUAAAGGAAUACGAAGACGUCCAGGUUUUAUCCAAGAGUUGUUAUCGUGCCUUUGAGGCGAAUGUUUAA